AUGUCCGAUCUUGUGUCACUUCAGGUUCGCGUCUGGGUGGCGGAGAAAGACAUCAAGACCUUCUUUGAUGCUUUGGAGAGUGUGUUCUAUAAGAUUCUUGGCGAGCCUGAAUGCACGCUCUUCGAAGUGUAUCAAUCGCAGGAGAAUAAAGGAGAGAUUUUGAUCCUCAAGAAUUGGAACGCGUCGAAGGACUGGGUGGAGAAUGUGGCUAUGACAAGACCGUAUCUCAAAGAGUACCAUGAGAUCACGGAACCGUUGUUCCUCAAGCCAAAGGAGGUGACGGUCGUGGAUCGAAAGGCUGGGAAAUGGAGUGUGGUUAAGACCAAUAAUGGUCAGAUCUGGCCCGCAGAUGGGCAUGCAUAG